AUAUUUGUAAUUUGUUAUUUUUGGAUGAAGCAUCUCCAUCCAAAUAGUUCAACUAGAAUCAUUCAAAUGAGUUUCAAAUUUUUGUCUAAAAUUUUAAAACUCAUUCAGAUGAUCCAUGUGAAUGAUUCUGGAUGAUGUUCAUUUUUUGACAAAAAACGAACAACAUUUGGAUGAACCAUUCAGAUGGUCCAUCUAAAUGAACAAACGAACAUGGCCACAAUAUGUUGGAGGGGACAAACUUCAAGCUCGAGGCCGUUACGAAAUUCAACAAGUCGCCGAAUUUUCUGUCCCCUUACUACAUCACUUUGCUUGCACAAGAUUCAGUUAGCGGUUCGCAUCUAACUUUUCAGGUUCUAGUUGCUGAACAAAGUGUCGGCAGGUUGGACAUGGUCGUUGAAAUUGCUAGACCUAAAGGUGUGACCACCAAGGAACCCCCCAUACCUUGUGAUAGUUUUUCAGUGGGUGAUAAAUUGCCUGAGUGGCCGGAUUCUUUCAGUGAUACAAAACGAUUUUACGUGGUGAAGGAAUCGGAGUUGCAAAACAACGAUUGGAUUUAUCUGUAUUUGGAACUUGUACUCUGUGUUGAUAGGGUCGGAAUCUCAGAUAGCGAUCUGUCCAAGCUGAGGAUUGUGAAAGCGGUGAUAGAAACCAAGGAAGAUAUGCUGCUGCCAGAUGAGAUACUCAACGCCAAAACUGCAGUGGUCUACAUUACUUUUAAGGGCAUGGCCAAGGCUCAGGUUGCUGGUGAGCAUGAUGAACGUAAAGCUAUAGUUAGAAGAAUCCUCAUUACAGGACUAUUGUCUCUCACGGGUCGCUUGAUUGGAGAGAAUCCAUACAUAGACGACUUUGACCCUGUUACUUUUUUCAACUCUCCCGCGCAUACAGACGCUGUGCGUCGUGCUCUGGAGCUGCUGCCGCCGUAUAUGCGUUAACCUUAAUAGUUUUUGUUUUCAAAUAUGGAUCAGAUAAAUUAAUCAUUUUUUUAUGUGUUUCUCCGAAGUAUGUGGAGAUCUGUCGUUAGAUGAUCAUAUUUUCUAUGUUGUUUCAUAAAUUAACAACCUGAAAACUAGAGGAAACAAAAAUUUAAAUUA